AUGUCCAUGUUGCCUUUAAACUGCCUAGUUGCGCACCCGUGUCCGGACAAGUGGACAAUUACUGAUCGGUACUGUUACCGAACAAUAACAGAGACGGUGGCCACGUUGGCCGAGGCCAAGACAAUGUGCGCGGCACUGACUAGCGGUUCAGCGCUCGUUACCAUUCACAACAGCGCCGAUAACAUUGAGAUCACGAGCGUUUUGAACAGAUCUUACGUCAACACAAGCUUUUACAUCGGGUUAACAUUAAAUCUGGACGCCAUUUCGAAUGGCCAGGGGGAAUGGCUGAACCUGGGCGAUGAUAAGGCAUUAUUUCAUUGGGAUGGUGCCCCAGUUACCGGUUUUUUACCAUGCGCCUACAUGAACAUGGUGGACGGCAAGAUUUCCGGUUGGCUCACUCGUAAUUGUGAACAACCAAUGCCGUCACUGGUGUGUCGGCUGCCCGUCAGACCAUUGGACAAAUUUGACAAAUUGUACGUCCAAUUGAAAACGCUCGAGGCCAUCAUGUACGAUACAAGCGUUCCCAUAGGGUUCGUUUACUUACAAUUGCCCAACCAGUUGGCUCCGGUACAAGUUUGGGGCAGUAGGUACAAGUGGGCCGAUGUGACCAAAGCGUACGCCGGGCUGUUUUUGCGGGCUGAGAGCGGCGGGUCGGCCGCCGCCAACGAAACAGGUGCCACCGGCCAGACGGCCGGUCCGCGCGAUACUGCUGUUAGAGUUUGGCGCCGUAAAUUGUUGGGAUUUAUUUGCGGUGUAAAUCUAUCUCCAGAGCUAUCAUACGGAGCUAUGUAUGCCGUGAGACAAGAGUAUCAGGGAUUAGGCAUUGGAUCUACACUUUGUGAUAAACUCAUUGUACAUUUUGGCGACAGAAAUGUUUGCGUUUAUGCCGGCGAUCAGAAAAUGUAUAACAAAUACAAAGAUCUUUAUAAAUUCAAUGCAAUUCCUCAACGAAAACGACUUAUAAUGAAAGGCAAACCUGUGGUCAACGGUUUGACGGCUAGUAUUCGCGGCAUAAGUUUGGUUGACAUGAAUGAUAAGAAUAUCGCGGAUGUGAUUGAAUACGACAAACAAGUCUGCGAUGGACUUGACAGGAGUGCACAGCUCAGGGCACUCAACGGCAGGUUUGAAAAUAUAAAUUCUGUGGCCAUUAAUGAUAACAAUCAAGUGAUGGGCUAUUGUUCAGUAUCUGAGACGGCUUCUGGCGAUCCAUUCGUUGCCCCACUUUAUGCCGAUAAUCAACAAAUCGCUGAAUUAUUAGUUGGAAAUUGUUUACAACGGAUAACCGAUUGGGAGACCAAAGAGAUAUACUAUUCGUGUUGGGAUUCAAAUCCAGAAUCAUUAGAAAUUGCCAACAAAUUGGGAUUAAAACCUCGAAAACAAAUACCAAUAAUGUUUACAAAGAAAAUUAUUGAUGGUAAAUUGUUGGGAUUUAUUUGCGGUGUAAAUCUAACGCCAGAGCUGUCGUAUUGGUCUAUGUAUGCCGUGAGACCAGAGUAUCAGGGAUUAGGCAUUGGAUCUAAACUUUGGGAUAAACUCAUUGUACAUUUCGGCGAUAGAAAUGUUUGCGUUUAUACCGGCGAUGAAAAAACGUAUAACAAAUACAAAGAUCUUUACAAAUUCAAUGCAAUUCCUCAACGAAGACGACUUGUAAUGAAAGGUAAACCUGUGGUCAACGGACUGACGGAUAGUAUUCACGGCAUAAGUUUGGUUGACAUGAAUGAUAGCAAUAUCGCGGAUGUGAUUGAAUACGACAAACAGGUCUGCGAUGGACUCGACAGGAGUGCACAGCUCAGGGCACUCAACGGCAGGUUUGAAAAUAUAAAUUCUGUGGCCAUUAAUGAUAGCAAUCAAGUGAUGGGCUAUUGUUCCGUAUCUGAGACGGCUUCUGGAACUGGUUUCCUAUUAAUGACCCACAUCACUCGUUGCAAUAGUUUAGUGGGACCUGAGCUACAGUUCAGCUCAACCAGACUGUCCAACUCGUACCGGGGCUUAAGGCCAUCAAUUGAUGGACCGUUACCCAUAUCCAUUAAAUACACGGAAUUGAUACCCGGCUGGUUUAGGACAGCGUGCAUGCCUGCCUGCGGCCAAAAUUUAGCUGGUGGUGAGUUUGUAGAAAAUUGUGUUAUAUAUGAGAAUAGGACAUUGAUCUUCUAUUUAGUAUUGAGAAUAAUGUGUGAGAAAACGAUGCCUUCAUAUACUAUACGGACAAUGCAAUUGUCUGAUUGUAAUGAAGUGCAAGAGAUAUGGAUUUCAGUUGAACUGUCGUACGGAGCUAUGUAUGCCGUGAAACAAGAGUAUCAGGGGUUAGGCAUUGGAUCAACACUUUGUGAUAAACUCAUUGAACAUUUUGGCGACAGAAAUGUUUGCAUUUAUGCCGGCGAUCAGACUAUGUAUAACAAAUACAAAGAUCUUUACAAAUUCAAUGCAAUUCCUCAAAGAAAACGACUUUUAAUGAAAGGCAAACCUGUGGUCAACGGACUGACGGAUAGUAUUCACGGCAUAAGUUUGGUUGACAUGAAUGAUAACAAUAUCGCGGAUGUGAUUGAAUACGACAAACAGGUCUGCGAUGGACUCGACAGGACUGUACAGCUCAGGGCACUCAACGGCAGGUUUGAAAAUAUAAAUUCUGUGGCCAUUAAUGAUAACAAUCAAUAUCUGAAAACGCUUCUGGCGAUCCAUUCAUUGCCCCACUUUAUGCCGAUAAUCAACAAAUCGCUGAAUUAUUAG